GAAUCAUUGAGCUGUUAAGAGUGGUGAGUCUUCUACCGGUGUUCCCCUGAUUUAGCCCUGGCCACCUGGCCGCUUUACUUCCAUAUCGUUAUUUAAUACCCUCUUUCUUUUCUGACACUCAUUAACAGCCCCCUGGGAGACUGUUUCGACCCACCGACAGCAAAAUCAAGUUCCUGGAAGAAUACGACAUGGAGGGCUAUACCUAUGGUGACGAGAAAUUUACUACAUCCCCCCGCAAGGGCUCGGGCUCGUUCUACAGCCACAGAUCCGACGCCUCGAGUACCUGCGCCCCAAGCAUUGAUAGCUUCCCCUCCUCUCCUAAGAAGUGGGACUAUCACCGUCGACACAUAUCAGAAUCGUCGUCAUACCCUCCACAGCACAGUCGGACAGAACUAAACAAGGUGAUGGGAGCCGACAUGGUGACGCCAACAACGGACAUCACUACGAUACCAUGUGCAGGUCUCCGUAUCUCACAUGGCAAACUAGCGGGUCUCAUGGGCUGGCGCUUCGCCGUAGAGCUCGACACCUCGCCGAGCUCAAAAUACACCGGUACUCCGCGGAACUCAAUCGUUACCAAUUUCAUCCUCGAUACGGGCAUCGGAAAGUCGCACGUCCCACCCGAAACUCUGAUAGCACUAGGAUAUUCUGGGAGCUUAAAACCCGGAGCCCAAGUGGCCUUGAGAAUACAGGGCAUCCGUACCAAAUGUGUGAUUGCACAUGAAGGAGAAGCUGGGAGGUUGUGCGGGCAGUUCUUGACCUCGGGAUCUCUCACCCUUUACUUUGAUACCAAGCUAGAUGCCCCCGUGCUUUACGUCGCCGAUGACAAUCCAGACGCUGCCAGCAUUCCUCGGACAAUUCAACCUAUCUCAUCACCAAGAUUAUCAUUGAAAGCCGCUGUAAACGCUCUGCUUGCAUUUCGUGUUCCACGGUCAUCGACAUGAAUACCAUCUUCUCUGGGAACGUGGAUAUAUGAUUAUACCUGUGGAUGAACUCUAAUCUUAUUUAAUUCGUGACGACCCUAUAGGGACAAAAUUGUAGACGCUGGUAGUUUGUGUAACGGAUAAAUUUAUUAAUGUACACGAAUUUACGAUCAUGAUCACCUGUUUAGUUGCUCCUUUA